CUCAUCCCUUCCCCUCACUCUCUCCCACGUCCAUCUCUUGCUCUCUUCCUUUCACCUGGUUCCACCACCUCAAAAACCACCACCCCCUUUCAGAAACAAAGAGUGAAAGCUAGAAAGAAAAGCAUAUCAAGGAGAGGAAGAGGAAGAAGAAGAAGGAGGCAAAGGGGGUGCUGCCAAUUUCCGUCCAGCAGCGAGACAGCCUGUGAGAAGGACGAUUCCGGACAACCAAACCGUUGGAUCGUCCUGAUAUUUGUAGGUUGGGUUUAAUACUUCUUUGGAUACGAUUUGACCGUUGGGAUCAUCGAUAUGAUCUCUGGUUCAUCGAGGAAAGUCGCUGGACAGAAGGGGUGCGAUACUAUUUUUCUGUAGCAGGACAGCAGAUUAGAGGUAAGAUCCUGUGCGAAUCCGUCGUUGGAUCGUUCUAGAAAUUUGGUAUGAGGUUAAGUAUAGGUGGUUCUUCGAAUUGACCGUUCAGAAUGUAGUUUUGAUGUCGGAGUGGUCAGGAACAAUUGUUAGAAGAAGGAGAGUUGGUUUUAAAGUGAAAAGAAAGUUGUUGACAGUUUUGAAAUGUCAAGUUAAAAUGAUUGCUG